GUAUACAUUUGUUAGUCUAGUGUUAAAGUUCUAUAAACUAUCAAAAUUGUUCAAGUGGUUAAAAAAAUAUUUCUUUUCUUUUUUUUACUCUAAUUUAUUUUUUGUUUUUUUUUUUCUUCUGAUUUCGCUAUGCAAACGAUGGUCAAAUCAAAACGCUCCACAAAGAACAACAAGGCUAAGAGUCGGGAGGCGGCUCAUAGGAUUUGGGCCAGUGCGGCAUUAACGGCUACACCGGCACGUCGACUGAUUAUACCACGGCCCGAUGUCCUGCACAAUUAUCUGGAGUAUAAGCAAAUAAAUCAGUAUCUCGAGUAUUUGGCGAAUCGUUAUCCGAAAUUUGUUAAACUCUAUACGCUUGGUCUGUCCGCGGAACGUCGUGAGAUUCGUGCCCUGGAUAUCAAUUGGUUGAGCGCAGAGAAUUUGGAAUCGAAGCCGCCGUCGCAGCAGCAGCAAGUGGGACAGACUCGCGGUCCAGUUGUUGGCAAAGGCGGUGAACAGUCUCGGAAUAUUGUCUUCAUUGAGGCUGGAACACAUGGACGUGAAUGGAUAAGCAUAACGACGGCAUUGAAUUGUAUAUAUCAAGUGACGGAACGUUAUACCCGUAACAUUGAGAUAUUGCGUAAAUUGCGGUUCAUCAUUGUGCCAGUUGUCAAUCCGGAUGGCUAUGAGUAUUCCCGCACUAAGAAUCCAAAUUGGCGUAAGAAUCGUCGCACACAUAAAUCCACAAAAUUUGUGGGCACCGAUUGUAAUCGUAAUUAUGAUAUAUUCUGGGAUAGUGGCACAAGUAAAAUGAAUCGUAAUACCUAUAAGGGUGAACGACCAUUCUCUGAGCCAGAGACGCGUGCCAUGCGCAAUCUGUUGGAUCGCUUGGAAUCGAAUCUAUUAUUCUUCCUAUCGUUGCACUCGUAUGGCCAGAGCAUUAUGUAUCCAUGGGGCUAUACACGGGAGCCACCGCAUUUCUGGCGGGAACUUCACACGCUGGCCACAUGCGGUCGUACGGCCAUUAAAUCGUAUAAUGGACGUGAAUAUCGUACGGGUAGCAUUAGCUGUCUCACCAAACGCACCAUAUCCGGUUCGGUGGUCGAUUAUGUCUAUGGUGUUCUACGUACACCGAUGGCCUUGGUUAUGGAGCUGCCAUCCCGGGAGUUGGGCUUUCAGCCGCCCAUGGAGAACAUCAGUCAAAUUGGCCAUGAAAGUUGGUUUGGCAUACGUGAGAUGUGCAAGCGGGCCUACGAUCUGCGUCAUCAAAUCAAUCGUACUACGGAACCGAAACUACCACGACCAGCUGGGGCUGAUGCCCCCGCCCUACUCGAAGGCGGUGAUGGUGAACGAGUGAUUGCAGCCACCCCCCAAUCGAUCAGCAGUAGCAAUGCAACCGAUGGCGGUGGCGAUAAUGCCGAGAAGAAAACAAAGACCACGCCAAAGAAGGGCAAGAGACGUCUGAAGAGGCCGCGUACAGCACAGCAUGGAGCGAUUUUGGAAAUUCAUCGCAGCCUGAGGAGACCAUUGGCAGCAGCAUCGGGAGCUGGAACUGCAGCUGGAGCUGCUGCAGUUCCCCACAAACGUUUGCUGGCCACCAAAUCGGCACCACCAAUACGACGAGUGCGAGAAGGUGCCACAACAGCUAUCAAUCCUUCUACUCCACCACCAAAUGCUUCUCGGGCUGGCCAUGGAGAUGGACCAUUGUCUGUACGUGGAAAGAAUCCCCGAGCCGCCACAUUUACGCCGCUAGGCGUAUUCCUCUAGUCGUCUCUAACAUGUGCAUUUAUAUGUGUGUUUGUACAUUCGUUUCUUUUUUUUUGGAUUUUAUUUCCUUAGUUUGCCGAUAAAUUAAAUGUGUGUAUUAGAAGAGAAA